CCGAGGACAAGCUCUAAUCAACGGCGCGUCCUAUGACAAGGCCGGAGACAUACCGCGGAUGAAUAAUGCAAGAGAAUGGUGGAAGCUCCGGGGAUUAUAAAUCGAAGUGGGGGGUCAAUAUGACCUCGAGUUCCAUUCAAAAACCCCACUUGAGCCCUCGAAAACGACUUCAUUCUGGUCUUUCUUCAUACCAUCUAAAUCAAUCACAUCGCCCAAUAUGAGCCAACCAAAUAUCACUCUUUAUACUACCCAGACUCCCAAUGGGAUCAAGAUAUCAAUCGCUCUGGAAGAGUUAGGGCUGCCCUACAAAGUUGAGAAGAUCGACAUCUCCAAGAACACACAAAAGGAAGACUGGUUCCUCGAGAUCAACCCCAACGGUCGCAUUCCCGCAUUGACCGAUACCUUUAGCGACGGCCAGACGAUCCGUCUGUUCGAGUCUGGCAGCAUCUUGCAGUACUUGGCCGAGCAAUAUGACACAGAGUACAAAAUCUCCUAUCCCAAGGGCACCCGCGAAUACUACGAGACCAACAACUGGCUAUUCUUCCAGAAUGCCGGCGUGGGUCCCAUGCAGGGACAAGCUAAUCAUUUCGUGCGAUACGCCCCCGAGCGCAUCGAGUAUGGCGUGAAUCGCUACCUCAAUGAGACCCGCCGGUUAUACGGCGUUCUUGACAAGCAUCUCGCAACCUCCAAGUCUGGAUAUCUGGUGGGCGACCACGUCACUAUCGCCGAUAUCUCGCACUGGGGCUGGGUUGCCGCCGCAGGGUGGGCUGGUGUUAAUAUCGAUGAGUUCCCGCAUGUGAAGGCAUGGGAGGAGCGUAUGGCAGCGCGACCGGCCCUUGAGAGGGGUCGUCAUGUUCCAAACCCGCACACUAUUAAGGAGCUGCUGAAGGACAAGGAGGCUGUGGAGAAGAGCGCUGCGCAGACUCGGGAGUGGGUCCAGGCUGGCAUGAAAGAUGAUGCAAAGAACAAGAUCUAGGUCGAAGUUGAGAGACUAAUGCCUCGUGUUAUGUAUAUAACCACCAAUAUAAUUUGAACUUGGGUAAUUAUGAAGCCUU